AUGAAAAAGAAGCGCUCAGCGGUGGCUCUAGCAAAAGGGAAACCCGCUGUCCAGUGGCUAUUUCGCAGUUGCGGUAGCCUAUAGUAUUUUAGUGAGCGUGUAGAAAUACAAGUGAAGAUACCUUGGAGUAAAACUGAACCGUACGACCGUGUAGCCUACUUUUUUUCUGCAAUGGCUGAUCAUCAUCUUUUACAUUAUAGCGACUCAGCUGCGGUUGGGAACCGUUUCGCCCGCAAAGGUGCUCUGCGGCAGAAAAACGUGCAUGAAGUCAAAAAUCACAAAUUUACUGCCAGGUUUUUCAAGCAACCGACAUUCUGCAGUCAUUGCACAGACUUCAUAUGGGGAUUUGGGAAACAAGGAUUCCAGUGCCAAGUGUGCUGUUUUGUGGUCCACAAAAGGUGCCAUGAGUUUGUCACCUUCUCUUGCCCUGGAGCCGACAAAGGCCCCGACACAGAUGACCCCAGAAGCAAGCACAAGUUUAAGAUCCACUCGUACGGUAGUCCCACGUUCUGUGACCACUGUGGCUCCCUCCUCUAUGGACUCAUCCACCAGGGGAUGAAAUGCGACACCUGCGACAUGAACGUACACAAUCAGUGUGUGAUGAACGUGCCAAGCCUGUGUGGGACAGACCACACGGAGCGCAGAGGACGCAUCUUCCUCAAGAUCGACGUCAGCGGAGACAGGUUACACGUCACAGUGGGUGAAGCCAGAAACCUGAUCCCCAUGGACCCUAAUGGCCUGUCUGACCCCUACGUGAAGCUCAAGCUCAUCCCUGACCCCAAGAACGAGACCAAACAGAAGACCAGGACCAUACGCUCCUCACUCAACCCCACCUGGAAUGAGUCUUUCAGCUUUAAGCUGAAGGUAAUGGAUAAGGACCGUCGUCUGUCUAUAGAGGUGUGGGACUGGGACCGCACCACCAGGAACGACUUCAUGGGCUCAAUGUCGUUCGGUGUGUCUGAACUCAUCAAGUCCCCCGCCUGCGGCUGGUACAAGAUGCUGUGCCAGGAGGAAGGGGAGUACUACAACGUUCCCAUCCCUGAGAUCGACGACGUCAACAUGGAGCUCAGGCAUAAGUUUGAGAAAGCCAAGUUGGGCCAUGGGAAGAAAGUGAUUACGCCAGCGGACCACAGACGGUUCAGCUCGGACCGCACCAUGCCCGGAAUGGACCGUGUCCGACUCAGUGACUUCAACUUUCUGGCUCUGCUGGGGAAGGGCAGCUUUGGCAAGGUGAUGCUGGCAGAGAUGAAGUCCACAGAGGAGCUGUAUGCCAUCAAGAUCCUGAAGAAGGACGUGGUGAUCCAGGAUGAUGAUGUGGAGUGUACCAUGGUGGAGAAGAGAGUCCUGGCUCAGAGAGACAAACCACCGUUCCUCACUGCACUCCACUCCUGCUUUCAGACUGUGGAUCGUCUGUACUUUGUGAUGGAGUAUAUUAAUGGAGGGGACCUCAUGUACCACAUUCAGCGUGUGGGCAAGUUCAAGGAGCCACAGGCAGUGUUCUAUGCUGGAGAGAUCGCUGUGGGUCUGUUCUUCCUGCACAGAAAGGGUGUUGUAUACAGGGACCUCAAAUUGGACAACGUGAUGCUGGACUCUGAGGGCCACAUUAAGAUAGCAGACUUUGGCAUGUGUAAGGAGAACAUGUAUGAAGGCAUGGUCACACGCACCUUCUGUGGUACCCCCGACUAUAUCGCCCCAGAGAUCAUUGCAUAUCAGCCCUAUGGGAAAUCAGUGGACUGGUGGGCUUAUGGGGUUCUCCUCUACGAGAUGCUAGCGGGACAGCCGCCGUUCGAUGGAGAGGAUGAAGAUGAGUUGUUCCAGUCCAUCAUGGAGCACAACGUGUCCUACCCCAAGUCUAUGUCUAAGGAGGCUGUCGUCAUCUGCAAGGGAUUCAUGACCAAGCACCCGUCAAAGCGUCUGGGCUGUGGUCUGGAGGGCGAGAGGGACAUCCGGGAGCAGGCCUUCUUCAGACGGAUCGACUGGGUCCGCCUCGCCAACAGAGAGAUCCAACCGCCAUUCAAGCCUAAAACGGGUGGCAAAGGAGCAGAAAACUUUGACAAGUUCUUCACACGCACCCAGCCCAUGUUGACCCCUCCAGACCAGCUAGUCAUCGCCAACAUUGACCAGAGCGACUUCGCUGGAUUCUCCUACAUCAACCCACAGUUCAUCCACCCUUCCCUCCUUCACAGUGUGGUAUGAGGGAAUAGAUCAGGGAGAGGAGGAAGAGAGAGAGAGAGGGUGGUGAGAGAGCAAGAGAGAGAGAGAGAAGAGAGAGGGGAGAAGAGAGCCAUGUGGACUGGGACUGGGACAGCAACCCUCCAGAUUGACCACCUAUUGUCCCUUUGUCAAAGGGACUAAUAUUAUCUUCAUGUGUUCUCUGGACUUCAGUCGGCGACAUUCUGUAAACAAGCUGUCCACGAACGAUCUCAAUUGGAAUUUGUCUGAUGCGAUGGAGGGGGUAAGGGUGGGGGGAGGGGUUGGUGUACAGGGGAGUAUGUCUAAGUUUAUCUGGUGAUCGAGCGCAGUAAUCAUGGAUACAUUGAUUUGAGAAGUAGGCCUGCUACAGUACAGUGAGCGUUGACAUGAAUUGCACACUGUUACCAUGGGGAACCAUUUAGCUCUGCAACCUACUGGCCUAACAUUCAGGAAUGGGUUCCAUGUUUUCCACAGUUCCAGAACCUCCUACUUGCUCUAGAACCUAGAACCAAACCCUACAGUACCUUCCUGUCCGGAAGUUGUCUGUGGGACUGCAUACAGUAUCUCAUGAUUCCUCAGUGUGUUGCUAUGGAUAGAAAGAGAGCACUCCCUCCCUAUGAAGCAUGAUGGAACAUACCCUCCUGUCCCUGCCUUUCCUCUCUCUACUGUACCUACUGUACUGUACUGCCAUUUCUACACAGUCUGCUACACCACAUUCUAGAUUAUAUUUAUAUACCUACAGAGAAGAGAGGUCUAUUGUCUACUGUUACACGAGUGCCAAAAUAGAGGUGAAAAAAUCAUUUUAUUCCAGUACAUAUCUAUAUAAACAUAUACUAUCUACAGCGUCCGUUUCUUACGAAAUUCCUAUAGUCAACUAUGAUGUCUUUCCUUGUGGCAAAGCCGUUAACCCUUCCGAUGGUGUCAGCGCGCUAAACUAAGCUCAACACCGUGUUUCUCUGACAGUUUUAUUAAUAUACUCCAAACCGUUACCAAACGUUUACAAACCGUUAUCAAACGUUUACAAAACGUUACUAAAAGGUAACCCACCAAGUAUAGCUGUGUCUAACCUAGUAUGUUACUAAAGAACAGCUUUUUGGUCGGUAUUAACAGUUGACUGAUGAAACAAUGAUGAACAUUUUAGAUGGUGUCCAAUUGUAUUUUUGGUGAAAGCACUGAUACCAAUAUUCUCAGAGUUAUUUAGGAGAAUUUAUGAGCAAGACUGAAUUGAGGAUAUGGUUCUGUUCAUGAGGUUUGCGACAACAUGUAACUUGGUAUUCCGGACUUCUAUUUAUGGGGAAAAAUGUUGAAUGAGGUUCAUGAGAAGACGAUGUUUUGAUUUGACUAGUGAAAAUGCUCUUUCCAUAUGCACCAUGCAGUUCUCUGUUGCAUGCUCAUUUCCUGAUUAUGAAUAAGCGCUAGAGGACUUUCUAGGGGAUGCAGCACACGUCUGAUAUGUAUCAUUGUAAAACCAAGUAUUAGGAUAUUUGUUGAUUAAUUAAUUGUUGUCUGUAUGAAAGUCCUACCACACUGAAAAGUUGAAUGAGAUUCAGAGAAUAGAUUUUUUUUGUUAAUUAUUAAACAUAUUCCGUAUGUUUCCCUCUAUACUUUUCUGACCAGAGAGAACAUUGUUUACCCUAUUUGUCGACCAUUUUGUAAAAAUCGAAAGAGCUUUUUCAAAAAGAGAAAUGACUCGCAUAUUUUAUACCACAAACUGAAUGUGCUUUUACUACCUUAGACGGGUUAAACAUCUCUGUUUAGAUGACUAUCCCAAAAACACAUGACGUUUGGCUGAAUCUUUGGUAGCUUGUUAUCAGCGAAACCUUGUAAUAUGUAUUUUCUCUAUUUAUCCACAGUUUGUUUUUGACUAUUUUAAAGGUAGGGUCAGCGAAAUGACCUUGCACGAAAAGCACUGCAGAUAUUCCCAUGAGCAAGACUCGAGACUUCACUCUCACAAAGUCACCCACAGUAUCUGUACACGGGUUCCCUUCACGCUCUUACAACGUAGUAGCCACGUGACCAAAACUGCCUUGCACUCUCAGUGGGUUGCAGAGAUUGACCCACUAUGCAGUUUACUUUGUGCAUCUUGGUCAUAUCGCUGACUCUACCUUUAAUGUUUCACAGACAAUAUGCAGUAUCUACAGCAUGUGUGGCGCGUGGUCCCUGGUUGAAUACACUCCUACUCCUAGCCUUGGUUUCUCUUCUAUCAGAGGCAGAAGUGUGUUUUCUGGCUUUCACUGUGUGCAUGUGAGGGUAAGGCCUGAUCUAAGCAUGAGAGAAGGCAUGAUGCAUGUUAACACAGAUCCCCAGGUGUACAGUAGGAAGUUCAUGUGUCACCAAGCAUCACAGUGAGACACACACCUGUCCCGCAAGCCCCUCCCAUUACACUUCUCUCCUCUUUCUGUUCUCCUCUUCUCCAUUUGUUUAUUGGUUUGUCUUAGUGUUCAGUCUCCUGACUCAACCAAGUUCUAAAUUCAGUCAGAAGUCACAUCUAAGCCAUGGACACAACGAUUAGAAUUUUCUGUCCCUUCUGUUUUGGUUGUGGUUAUGUAGAAGUUCUUAAAGGGGCCAAACUGAGAACCUACAUAAUGAGAGAUAAACACAGAGCAAGCACAGGAAGUUUGAUCAGACACAACUGAACUGCCAAAGAAUAAAGAAACUUUGGUCUAUUGUUUAACACACCCUGACCACAAAGACACAGUUGUUUUGGUGUUUCAGCCUAUUGCCAAAUGUCUUGCAUUUAGUCCGUUUCUGUUAGACAACGAUAUUUGUAGCAUGUCCUUGAAAUGUAGCUGUUCAAUGGGGAUGACUACUGAAAUUAUGUUAACAUGUAACUUUGAUUACAGUUUAUUAUUAAAGUGUCCCAUCUGGACCAAAUGGACCUAUUCGAAAUAAGGGGAACCAUAUGUUUACCCAACAUUGCUGAUGAGACAAACUGAGAAGUAUUUCAAUGAAGCUGAGUCAGGAUCUUGUCUGUCCAUCUAGAUAUUAUGUUUUACUUCAAAGAUGUGGAGGUUUCUACAUGGAGAAUAUAGCACUCUCUAUAGAACUUAUCAGAUACUAGUGGGAAAGAGAGGCCAACCAUAGUUAGCCCUGUGAAUGACGUCUCACAUUGAGAAUCUAUGUCUAGUGAGUGGGCGGUGUUUGGGCUACUAUAGACACAAAACCUCCAUGCAGUAUGUACUUUUAGGAUGAACUACAAUCACUUGCGGUCAUUAUUUGAAUCACCGUGGCGAUCAUGGGACCACAACACAGGGAUGUUUUGUAUGCUUUAUUUUCAUUUCACUCUCCUUGAUUUUAUUUGUCAAGUUCUCCCAUGUCCCUUUGCUAGCUGGGGUAUAAAGGAUACUGUGUAUGAAUAAACCAAUGAAAACGCAA